GUUUUCCAAACCCGAAAGUGCAUUGUUAUUUUCCCUACGUUUUUUUAAUUUUCGUGGGCCCACUUUUAAGUGGGUAGUAUGCUUGGAAUUUUACUUGAUAAUAGAAAAGGAAAAAACCAAACUAAAAUCUGAACCGAAGUAGUAAAAUAUCCGAUUUAGUUUUGUAAUGAACAAGUUUAGAUACCCGAACUCGAUCAGUAUCUAAAAUCCGAACCACUACCCAAAGUCAUCUGUACAUAUAUAUACCUUAACCUAAAACUAAAUCGAUCUCUUAUCCUCCUCUCACUAUAACCAAACUUACAGUCGGUUAAGCAUCAAUUUUGUUAUUUUGGUGGGAAAGCACCAAUUUUGUUAUUUUGGUGGAAAAUAUUAGUUUGCAGAUGUAUAAGAAAAACAUGAUUAUAAAAUUUUGACUAUAAAAUAUGAUUUUGUGAUUUUGACAGGAUAAAAUAAGAUUGAUAAAAAGUCAAAAAUAAUGUUAAAACAAUUAUGAAAAUUUUGGUUAGUUUAGUUUAUUAAAAUAGAUUUAGAUAUAUGAGAUAAAUUAUUAAGACUUUGUUUAAAAAUAAUAAUUUUGUUAUUUUAUUGGUUUAAAUUUGUAUAACUCAUUGUCUAUUCCAGUCCAUUUCAUUUUAACUCAAUCCACUAAAUCAAUUUAGUCUAUUAUACCCAUUAACCUAUUUGUACUUAAUAUUUGUAUCCAUUAAAGUCUAUGGUUAGAAUAUAUAUAUAUUCAAUGGAUAUAAGAGAGCAGUUAUAUAUUUAACAAAAAUAGUAUUUAAAUUGAUUACUACAUAAUUAAAAGUUUUUAUCUUUACAAUUGUUACAAUUAUAGAAAAAAAUCUGAAAUAAGAUAAUACAAAAUUUUAAAAUAGAAUACAACUAUUAGAAAAUUUAAUUUGGUGAUAUGUUUAAUUAUGGAGUUUAUCUUAUGGAUAGUCAACAAUUAAAGAAGAUAAUAUAAUAAAAGAAUAGAAUAUGCACAAUGGUUUCGAGAUUUAAUUUCCUUAUUCUUAUCUUUUAACAUUCCACGUCAUAUUAUCUUUCUUUCACUUCAUCACUCAACACAUAUUCAAUUUUUACAUAUUACAAUGAUUUUGUUUAAUAAAAUUUGAUAUCCUAUUUUACUAAUUAAUCAUUAUUUUAUAUGUCCAAAUUAAAAACCUAGUUUAUAUUUAUAGAUAAUAUAAAAUAACAAGUUUUGGUAUAAAAAUAAUUUACUUAAUUUACAGUGAAAUUAUUGUUCUUAAAUAGUUAGAAAGAUAUGAAAAUAUGAAAAAUCUCUAUAAAGUGAAAUGUAUCAUCGGUGGUCCAUACUUUCUUUUUAUUCAAUAUGUUAAAUCUUUUCAAUACCAAAUGAGAUCAUCAAAUUUGGACUUUGAAUAUAAUCAUUGUAUACAACAAUUAGAAUAUUUUAUUACCUUCAUUGUACAUUGUGUAAGAGAGAGUCCUCGUACUUAUUAAAAACCCAUCUUACUCACUCCCACGUAAGAGGGUAUAGAAGAAACAGAACCUGAAAACGUUUUUCUUCACAACUCUGACAAAAGAAACCACACUAAUUAACUUUUUGUUUUCUUCUUCUGAUCAUUCCAGAGACAUUCCCCAUGAAAGCCAAAGCCUUUAUUCCCUCGGUUUCAUUUCUCUGUUUUUGGGUUCUGUUGGGUUUAGGGACAUCAGGAUUGUUGCAGAAUGAUGAUAUAGGUAUUGAGUCGGGGAGAUACAUAAGCUGGGAAGACUUAAGUGUUGCGGAAGAUGUCAGAAGGGAGAGGAGCCUUAAACACGGUAAUGGGGUCAGCCGAGAAUAUCUGGCGCCCUCAAGCGCUGAAGAUGGGAGCAGAGUGAUUGUGGUUGAAAAGAACGGAAGAGGAGACUCUGUCACAGUUCAAGGAGCUGUUGAUAUGGUUCCUGAUUCCAAUUCUGAGAGAGUUAAAAUCUACAUUCUUCCUGGGAUUUACAGGGAGAAGGUGAAUGUGCCGAUCACAAAACCGUACAUUUCGUUCAUAGGCAGUCAGAAGUACGUGGGAAAGACAGUCAUUAGUUGGAGCGAUAAAGCUUCAGACCGUUAUUCCAAUGGUAGUGAGAUCGGCACUUACAGAACAGCCACAGUUACAGUAGACUCUGACUUCUUCUGCGCCACUGCCAUCACUAUCCAGAACACGGUGGUGGCAGUGCCGGGAGAUCAAGGGAACCAAGCGGCGGCCCUGAGGAUAAAAGGGGACAAAGCAAUGUUGUACAGUGUAAGAAUUUUGGGAUCACAAGACACUCUUGAUGAUGAAAGUGGAUCUCACUACUUCCUCAAAUGCUAUAUCGAAGGAAAUGUUGACUUCAUCUUUGGCAACGCCAAGUCGCUUUACCGGGACUGUUAUAUCCGCUCAAACGCAAAGAGGUUUGGAUCCAUCGCGGCUCACCAUAGAGACAGAGAGAAUGAAGAUACUGGUUUCUCGUUUGUGAACUGUACCAUCAGUGGAACAGGGAAUGUUACCCUAGGAAGAGCUUGGGGAAACUACGCCAGAAUUAUUUAUUCAAACUGUUACAUUGCUGAUGUCAUCACUCCUGCGGGCUGGGAUGACUGGAGUGACCCUGCCAGGGACAGUGAGGUGCUAUUCGGAGAGUAUAACUGCACCGGGAAAGGAGCGGAUAGAACAGGUCGAGUACCGUGGUCGAAGAGUCUUACUCAAGAUGAAGCGAAGCCUUUUCUUGGGAUGGAGUUCAUAUCUGGAGAUCAAUGGCUGAGACUCUAAACUUCAGAUUUUAAAAAACUCAUAAUGGUCCAUUUAGCAGCUAUGAUUAUUACCUAAUUAUUAUUUUAUACAUUUGUAAUCCGUUAUUAAUAAAAAUCCGUUUAAUAAAGCUAAA